UGUCCUCUGGAUGUUCCUGGGAAAAUCUGGAGGAGAGUUUCACACAGAGAAGUUCCCACACAACAACUGAAUCCUAAAACUCAGGGAGGGCCAAAACAAGAGCUGGCAGGGCAACGGUUUCAAGCUAAACGAGGAACCCAGAGACUUCUCCCGCGAACCUGGAGAUCCCAAAGUGGUCAGGCAGCGGCGGACGUUGAGCCUCGGACCCGACGUCCUGCCGGGACCGGCUGAGGGGACCCAUGGGAACGCUGCGGGACCUGCAGUACGCGCUGCAGGAGAAGAUCGAGGAACUGCGGCAGCGCGACGCCCUGAUCGAUGAGCUGGAGCUGGAGCUGGACCAGAAGGACGAGCUGAUCCAGAGGCUGCAGAACGAGCUGGACAAGUACCGCUCGGUGAUCCGGCCCGCCACGGCCCAGCAGGUCCAGGCCCAGCAGAAGAACCUGGUGCUGCCGCCGGACCAGCAGCGCAGCAAGAGGCAGGCCAUCUCCGCCGAACCCACGGCCUUUGACAUCAGCGAGCUGUGCCACGUCACGCUGCCGUUCUACCCCAAGAGCCCACAGUCCAAGGAGCUGAUAAAGGAAGCCAUCUUGGACAAUGACUUCAUGAAGAACCUGGAGCUCUCUCAGAUCCAGGAGAUUGUGGACUGUAUGUACCCGGUGGAUUAUGGGAAGGACGCCUGUAUCAUAAAGGAAGGAGAUGUAGGCUCUCUGGUGUUCGUCAUGGAAGAGGGGAAGGUGGAGGUGACCAAAGAGGGAAUGAAGCUGUGCACGAUGGGACCGGGGAAAGUUUUCGGAGAGCUGGCCAUCCUCUACAACUGCACCCGGACCGCCACGGUCAGAACUCUGAUCCAUGUGAAGCUGUGGGCCAUCGACCGGCAGUGCUUUCAGACCAUCAUGAUGAGAACCGGACUCAUCAAACACUCCGAGUACAUGGACUUCCUGAAGAGCGUUCCAACUUUCCAGGGUCUUCCAGAGGAAACCCUCAGUAAGCUGGCAGACGUUAUGGAGGAGACUCACUAUGACGUCGGAGAGUACAUAAUCCGGCAAGGAGCACGAGGAGACACCUUCUUCAUCAUCAGCAAGGGGAAGGUGAAUGUGACUAAGGGGGAUUCAGCCAAUCAGGAGGCCAUUCACCUGAGGGAGCUUGGCAGAGGGGAUUGGUUCGGAGAGCGAGCGCUGCAGGGGGAAGAUGUGAGAACAGCCAACGUGAUCGCUGUUGAGUCCGUCACCUGCCUGGUUAUCGACAGAGACUCAUUCAAGCACCUGAUUGGUGGGCUGGAUGACGUUUCAAAUAAAGUCUACGAAGACGCUGAAGCCAAAGCCAAGUACGAAGCAGAGAAUGCCUUCUUCUCCAGUCUAAAGCUCAAUGACUUCAACAUCAUUGAUACUCUGGGAGUUGGAGGCUUUGGAAGAGUUGAGCUGGUGCAGCUGAAGAACGAGGAGGCUAAAACAUUCGCCAUGAAGAUUCUCAAGAAGCGUCACAUCGUGGACACGAGGCAGCAGGAGCACAUCCGUGCAGAGAAACAUAUCAUGACCGACGCACACUCAGACUUCAUUGUCAGGUUGUACCGGACGUUUAAAGACAGUAAAUAUUUAUACAUGCUGUUGGAGGCAUGUCUGGGUGGAGAGCUGUGGACCAUCCUGAGAGACAGAGGUUCGUUUGAUGACUCCACCACUAGGUUCUACACUGGCUGCGUGGUUGAAGCAUUUGCUUACUUGCAUGCUAAAGGCAUCAUCUACAGGGACCUGAAACCUGAGAACCUGAUCCUGGACAGCCGAGGAUAUGCUAAGCUGGUGGAUUUUGGUUUCGCAAAGAAGAUUGGAUUCUGUAAGAAAACAUGGACGUUCUGUGGGACGCCGGAAUACGUUGCUCCAGAGAUCAUUUUGAAUAAGGGUCACGACGUGUCGGCCGACUACUGGUCUCUGGGGAUCCUGAUGUAUGAGCUGCUGACAGGCAGUCCUCCGUUCUCAGGUCCAGAUCCAAUGAAAACGUACAACGUCAUACUGAGAGGCAUCGACAUGAUUGAGUUCCCCAAGAAGAUCACCAAGAAUGCUGCCAAUCUCAUCAAGAAGCUCUGCAGGGAUAGUCCAUCGGAGAGACUAGGAAAUCUGAAAAAUGGAGUGAAGGACAUCCAGAAGCACAAGUGGUUUGAAGGAUUCAACUGGGAAGGACUGAAGAAAGGAACACUAACUCCACCCAUUACACCCAAGGUGUCCUCUCCAAUAGACACCAGUAACUUUGACAGUUUUCCAGAAGAUACAGACGAGCCGCCGCCCGAUGACACCUCAGGAUGGGAUUAUGACUUCUAAACUGAGUCUGCAUCUUUUGAGACGGUG